AAUCUGAUGUUUACAAGUCAUGCCCGGAGGCAUACUUUUGUAAACAACUCGCAAGCUGAGAAAACCGGCCUCGCCUACACGGCUCCCUCAUUUGUGCCCAAACUGACCUAUGUCUUUGGAUCUUUUUGGAUUAACGAACUGUAGAGUUGACAGCAACCACGAUUUACUUUAGCAGUCGAAUGAUAAAAACGAAAGAUGAACGUGGUUGUCAUGGCAACGGAGACGCUAUUGGGUGUCUUUGGAAUCGACGUCAGAACUGACCAGCUGAAGCCAGGCUUUGAGAUGAUUGUGUCAUUAUGCAUCAAUCUAAUACUGUCAGUGGUGGGGCUAGGUGCUGUUAUCAGAACUAUCCCUGCUGUUGCUACCAUGUUUAUAAAUGCUGGCUUGUUUGGAAAAGAUCUGUGCAAGAAAGAUCAAGAAAAGAAAGUGCCUGAAUCAAUGGGUAUGGUUAGUGGUCUAGUCUUCCUCAUCAUCAUGUUUCUGUUCCUGGGAGUACCAUUUGGUCAGCAUUUUAUGAACCCAGAGACACCCUUUCCGCAUACAACAUUUACAGAGUACUUGACAUCUCUGCUCUCUAUAUGCUGUAUGCUGUUUCUCGGCUUUGCAGAUGAUGUCCUGAACUUGAAGUGGAGAUUCAAAUUAGUACUUCCCACUUUAGCCUCACUUCCUCUAUUAAUGGUUUACUACAUCAAUCUUGGUUCAACAACAGUUGUUGUUCCAAAACCAUUGCGAAUUUGGAUUGGAUUAACACUGAACAUCGGCCCACUGUACUAUGUGUACAUGUCCAUGCUUGCAGUGUUCUGUACAAAUGCCAUUAACAUUUAUGCUGGCAUAAAUGGGCUGGAGUGUGGCCAGGCUGUAGUGAUUGCUGGGUCUGUGAUAGUGUUCAAUAUUGUGGAAUUGGGAGGGUACCAGGCCAAGUUUCAUUAUUUCUCGCUUUGCCUCAUCGUUCCAUUCACAGCAUCAGCACUAGGCCUAUUUUAUCAUAAUCGAUAUCCAGCACGGGCAUUUGUAGGAGACACAUUUACGUACUUUGCUGGAAUGACCUUUGCUGUUGUGUCCAUAAUUGGCCACUUCAGUAAGACAGUGUUGCUGUUUUUCUUGCCACAGAUAUUUAAUUUUCUCUAUUCAGUACCACAGCUCUUUCACCUUGUGCCCUGCCCAAGACAUCGUCUCCCAAAAUAUGUCCCACAAAAAGACAAACUAGAACCAAGUGUUGCAGAGUUCAAGGCAAGUCAGAUCUUAAAGCCACUACUUCUUGCACUGAGGUUCCUAAACAAGCUGGGUUUGGUGAGACUUGAAGAGGGCCUUGGGGAAGACAAGGAAAUGUGUCGAAUCAAUAACCUCACACUAGUCAACUUGGUCCUGCUGAAACUGGGCCCUCAACAUGAAGCUAAUCUUACAAUGAAACUUCUUGUUCUGCAGGUGCUGAGCUCAGGGCUAGCAUUUUUCAUUAGAUAUCCAUUUGCAGAUUUAUUUUUCUGAGUUGUUUGUUAAUAAUAUACAAAUGGAUUCUCUGAUUUUUUUUUUUUUUUCAUUCUCAUGGAUAUUUAUCAGUGCUGAUAGAAUUUCAUCUCAUAUUCAGUGACCUGUCAGAAAUCUGCUUGUAUCAUAUAUGUGCAUUAGACAUAUGCAUUUGUUUAAUUAUUGGUGUGAAAGAAUUAAUGUAUAUGUAGAAUGAGAUGAACAUUAUGUAUAUAUGAAGGAUACUUGUAGUACAUAGCUUCAACUACAGAAUCUUUUGGUGGCUUGUAUUCUGUGUAAUGCAAACAGGUGUUUAGUAAAUGUUAAAACUACUUGUUACCAUUCAAAGGACAUUUUUUGAUAUGCAUUUGUUGUGUAGAUAUAUGGGUAAUGUAUCUAGUAUUUGUAAAUACAGCAAACGUUUUUGAGUCUGAAAAUAUUUUUAAAAUGGUAGAUGCUAUCUACCAAGAGUUUGACUAAAUACAAAGCGUUGAAAUUUUUGUCAUAGUUUUGGGUUUUGUGAGUAAUGGCAGGAUUUUUAGGAAAGAAAUAAAAAAAGGUUUCCGCUUUUGCAUAGAUUUGUUAAUCUAUUGAGUUAACUUACUUGGGAAGUGAUGGUGUUAGUUUCAAAAGUAGAUGUUUUGUUUUUGCUCACAUCAUCCCUUGAAAUACAGACCGAAAGAGUGUCAUUUAUAAUUUCCAUAUUUUCAUAAGUAUGAAAUAUUGGAUAUAUUUUAAUUUGUCAUCAUUUUGAGUUCCUGAAUGUGUGUAGUCAAUAUAAAUGAAAGUUUCAUGGUAAAUUAGAUACUUCAAUACUUAACUAGCUAUGAAAGUGUUGCAUGUGUUAAAUGCAGCAUUUGGGUUCAUAAUGGGAGUAAUUUUUUUAAAUAAUUAUUUUCGACAUAAAAAUGUAGUCAGAUUAUGAUAAAUAAUAAUAUAUAAAUUUC